UAAUCGGCCAAAGACCCUGAAAAAACAUAACUGCAACCUCGCAAAACUAGUUUCUUUAUCAGAAGAGCAGCCUACAAGCACAAUAUGGUAUGUGUAACAAUGGUAGACUAGCUGGUGAAAUGUUGUAUUAUCAUUCCAAUUAAAGCCAUUUGAUAGAAUAAGCUGUCACUUUGAUUUAAUAAUGAAAAGGGAAGGCGGAGUUAUAAUAAGUGUUUAUGUUGAAUCUUUAUCAAGUAAAGAUUCAAAACAAAGAUCUAAUCCCUGGAAAAGAAUUCAUCCAAAGCCAUUUUUAACAAGGCCUAGCACUUCAAGAAAGAGAAGCUACGAUCGUCGAGCACAACUACUGAACUAUGCUCAUGCAUUAAGGCAUGCCAAUUAUCAACAUCUCUCGUGGAAGUCUAAUAAUUCAUCAAACCAAAAACACAAGAAAUGGAGAUGGACAAGAAGGAUUAGAUUGUCAUUUUCCCGUUUGUUCCAUCGAAAAGAUAAGGAAUGGAGAUAUGAGCACAUUGGAACACAUGGAGAAGAAUCAUGCUGUCAAAAUGGGUUAAAAUGGAGAAAGCUCGGAGGAGCAAAAAGGAAGACAACUCAUAUUUGCAAUAGACUGAAGUGCUUCUUUAAGGACAUUUUAGGUUCCUGGCAAUUCAGUAAGCAAUCAUGACGAUGAAAUUAUUAAAGGGAUAAUUAAGCAUUGAAGCUUAAUUUGAUUGUUUCGUUUCUUCUAAUAAUAAUUUUUUUAAUUUUCCUAUUGUAAUCUCUCAUUCAGUUAAACUGUGGUUGUGCAUGAAUUUCAAAUUCACUUUCAGCUAU